AUGCGUUUCUCCAUCGCUGCCUCUGCCGCGCUCGUCGCUGGCGCCUCUGCUGGCUAUGUCAACUCCAAUGCCACUCACAUUAUCACCGAGGUUUUGACCGCCUACACCACCUACUGCCCCGGCCCAACCGAGGUUGUUCAGGGAGGCAAGACCUACACCGUCACUAAGGCCACCACCUUGACCAUCACGGACUGCCCAUGCACUGUCACCCGCCCAGUUGUUACCACCACCCAGACUGAGUGCAAGGAAUGCCCACCACCCACUGGCCCAGUGCCCACUGUUCCAGCUCCCAGCGGCCCAGCUCCCAGUGGCCCUGCCCCCAGCAUCCCUGCUCCCGUUCCAACUGGCACCGGUGUUCCUCCACCCCAGCCCCCAGUCAACCCACCAGUCAACCCACCAACCAACCCACCAACCAACCCCCCAGUCUACCCCAACGGCACCCAGCCAGUGCCUCCUUCUCCUCCUCAGGGAACUGCUCCUGGCACUAAGCCCAGCGGCCCACCCAACUUCACCGGCGCUGCUUCGCGCGUCGUUGCUGGCGGCGCCGGCCUUGCUGGUGUUCUCGCUCUUGCUUUCCUCUUGUAA